GCUCAGCUCUGUUGAGCAAUAACACUAGACCGGAACUGGACCGAGUCGGGGGACGCGUCCCCUCUUCUCCCGACCCCUCGUCUCCCAGUCAAGCUGUCUAUAAGAGAGCGCCGCUUCUCCCUUCUUCCCCCCUUUCACCCCCGGAAGAACAAGCAAGCAUCAAGCGAGCACCCACCGGAAAACGCCCAUACCCAGUAUAAUAUCCCUCACGCUCAGUCUGAAGAUGACGCUCCCCAUCGCCCUGGUCGAUGGCGAGGAGUACCUCAUUAGAGAGGUCCAAGAAAUGCUCCGGCCCGAGAUCGAAGUCGUACAUGUAUGCAUCGACGUCGACACGGCCCUCACCGAGCUCCAGCCAGGGUUUGCCGGCAGCCACCGGUGCCCGGUCGGAAGUAACGCGGACCUCCCUCCGGACCAGCGCAGGCCCCCCCGGGCCGUUCUCGUCGACGCCAGAAUGCCAGUCGGGCUCGAACUUCGAAUUGGCAACGUCGCCGGAGUCCCGACGGUGAGAACACGCCCAGGACCUCCGGCCGCGGGAUUGGUCGCAGACUUGAUUCGCGGGGAGGUGCGUCGUUUGAUUGACGAGGGGGCAAUUCAGCCCGAGUGAGAACGGAGAAGGGCGCUGGAGGUCGGGAUCAAGGUAGCUUAGACACUAGGUAGCGAUUGAAAGUAGACCGUUCCGUCUCGAGUCUAGCCUUGGUCUGGCGCGAACUUUAAUGAGAAUAUCAUCUUGAGUCUCCUAA